AUGGCUCCUGUCAAUAUUUUCGACAUGGUGAUGACCACGAAAGAUAAAAUCAAACUUAGAAAACCAGUGGUGGAAAAGAUGCGCCGAGACCGCAUUAACAGCAGCAUCGAACAGCUCAAGACACUCCUCAAAACCGAACUUCAAGCACACCAACCCAACUCGAAACUGGAAAAGGCUGACAUUCUCGAGACAGCUGUGGUUUACCUGAAAGACAACAGCAUGCGCCCUGCUGCUUCAUUCAACGUAGCGUCACCUGUCCAAAGCUACGCGGAGGGAUUCACCCGCUGCCUGGAGGAGACGCUGCGCUUCCUCUCAGCGAAAAAAAAACAGCCGACUGGCUCACAACAGAAGCUUCUCAAUCACUUCCAUCGGGCUCAGAAACUCGGUGAUAGAGUCGUGCUGAGUCCAAACCGCGCAACGGUCCCUCACAACAGCAGCACUCCGAAACGUGUCACCCCAGGUGGAAGGGGGCCUCUGUGGAGACCCUGGUGA